AUGCCUCGGGGCGUUUCUCGGGGGCACGUCGUCGGGACCGACGCUCACCCGCGUGAAUUGGUCUUCCCACAUGGCUCAUCCGGCGUCGUUCCUCUCACCCCCACUAUCCAACACAGCAACGUCAACGACGGAACACCACCCGGCGGUCCCUGCUGCUCGGGCGCCGGCCAUCACGGCUGUGGUUGUGGGUGUCCCGGCUGCUGGUGCCGCCUCCUCACCCACUUCAAGGACGAAUCGAACCGCGAGACCUACGGCGGCCAGGGAGGAGGUCGUCGUCGUCAACAUCAUUUAGACAUGACCAGCCCGGCAGGCACGAACCGGUCUGAUGGCGUUUCUUCCCCUUCGUCCUUCAACUCCUCCUCGCCAUCCGCCACGACCAGUGGCAGCCUUAACAGCGGCUUCGGGGCGCCAGCCUCGCUCGUCCGACAUCGUCCGGCUGCCAGCGCUGUGAUAAUCAACGACACUCGACACACCGUCCUGGAGUCGGACCCGGACGAGGACAGCCCCCACCCGUGGCAUACAUUCGUCGAGAGCCCCAUCAGCAGCAGCCUCGACCACAUGUCCCUCAGCACCGGCGACCGAUCCAUUCUGUCCAGCCAGCACGAGUCAUCACUUGUGCACGAGCAGCGGUCGAGUGCGUCCGCCAGCCAGAUUAUCGCCCAGGCCGGUGCCGUGUUCGACGGCCUCGCCUUUGCGCCUCGCUUCCUGCGCCUCACCCCUGAGUGA